AUGGGCGGAGAGAAGGAUAGGCGGCCUCGAGGGCAAAACCGAGGCGGAGGCCAGUCUCGCGACGUCCAAAUAUCCAAAGCACUGAGUUUGCUCCUACGCCACGCGGCAGAGAAAGAAGGCCUGAAGAUAAAUGCGCAAGGCUACGCGAACGUGACAGAUGUGCUACAAUGGCGGAAACUGAAAUCAAUCAAAUGUUCGUUCGACGAAAUCAAACACGCCGUUGAUUCCUCCGACAAAAAGCGAUUUGCCCUUCUCCAUAUCCCCUCCUCAAUCCCCAAAGAAUCCACCGCAACGGCCAUCGAGAAUCCUGGUUCGGGUGUAAAUACCCAGACUGAGUCUGCGAACCCGGACGAGACUUAUUCACCCGCUACAUCAGCACUGGAAGCGCCGUCGACAACCGAGGAACAGACAAGUACUACUGAGCAAGCACUAUCAAUGACGGAUGAUAACCCUGCCAACUAUCUUAUUCGGGCGACGCAGGGCCACAGUAUGAAAACUGUGGAGGCGGCAUCUUUCCUGGAACCUCUAUCGCUAGAUAAUCAAUCCAAGAUUCCGAUCCCAGACACCGUGGUUCAUGGGACCUUUCAUGGCGCAUGGCCCUUGAUUUUGCAGUCGGGGGGAUUGAAAUGCAUGACCCGCCACCAUGUACACUUUGCAACUGGACCAUCUCUUCAAUCCGUACUUGCGGCUCAGCAAGAAGACCAAGCAGAGACCAAGCAGGAAACCAAGGAAAAUAAGGUCAUUUCCGGCAUGCGACGGGAUGCACAGGUAUUGAUUUACCUUGACAUCCGGAAAGCCAUGGAAGCUGGAUGCCCUUUUUGGCGCAGUGAGAAUGGCGUUAUUCUAAGUGAGGGACUGCCGCUCCCCAAUGCGGAAGAUGAUACCCAGAGGGUGGUUCCAGUGGAGUUCUUUGAUGUUGUCGUUGAGCAGAAGGCUAAGAUGGGCAAAAUUUGGGAGAAGGGACAAGUCCUGCAGGAAUUGCCGGCGAAGUUAACUAAGAAGGAAAAUCCGAAGAAUAGACGGUGA